AUGAACCUCACAUCAAUGAUUGAGAACGAGGAGCUCCCGGGGCCGAGGCGAGAUCAGAAAAGGGAGGAGACAUAUCUUUUCGUCGCGGGUACAAACAUAAGCGAGGCCUCCUCCGCAGCUGAAGUGUUCGAGCUCAUGCCCCACUCGAUCAUGGCUUUAGAAGCGAACAACGUGGUUUACCCUAAACCCCUUCAAAGAGCCGCGUGGCCGGUCCUGCUGCAGGAUCUCGAUACGUUCCUCGUGGCGCCUCCCGGAGCGGGGAAGCAGAUGUCUUUAGUCCCGAUAAUCGUGGAUAAGGCGCAAUACUCGAGGGUGAUCGUGACGUCGCAAGCGCAGAGUCGUUGUCAGGAGAUCAGGAGCGCUCUGCUGUUUGCUCCCUCGGUGAAAGCCUUUCUGACUGAAGGAAGGUACCAAAACGCGAGUGCCAACGUGCUGUGCUGCACCUUCGCGGCUUUCCGACGUGUCGCGAGACGCGCGCGAGCGUCCGCUUUCGUCCUGGAUAGGAUCGACUGUUUGGCCGAGCAGGGCUUGGGCGAUCAGCUCCUAGACAUCCUCAGCGUCAUCGCUCGCAACCGGAGGGGUGUGACGAUUCUUGCAACUGCUAGAUUCCUGAACUCGGCAACCCUCGAUCUGGUCGAACACUUGAGGUUCGCUGCCGCUGUAGGUGCGGCUCGAGAGUCCAGCAUAGAGGAGAAAACCUGCACCGAGAGCAUAGAGGUCUGUCGCCGCAAGAACUGGUUCGCCGUCGUCGGGAAAAUGUUGGGUCGACAAAAUGGCGUUCACGACGUCACGUUGAUCAUCGUGAGGAACCGAUCCACAGCGAACACGCUGGAAACGACGUUGUCCAAACAAAGUUCAAUCUACGCUCAAUCGCUCCACGGAGAAGAUCACUGCGAUCAAGACCUGGCCAGAGCUCUCCUCCUGGCAAGCAGCCCGGGCAUCUACAUCGGAGUCCCCACAGACUUGAGCUGGUUACAGGAAGCUGACAGGGUGGACAUGUUGAUAGACGUUGGGACCUCGCUCUGCUUGAGUGCGUUCACGAUGCGGCAAUCCCGAGUGAAGUCAUCCGGCAUCUUCGUCAGUCUCCUCAAACCGUCCAAACUUCGCGUAGUCACAUGGCUUGUCCCCUUGCUCCGGAGUCGUGGGAGGGAGAUCUCGCACGAAAUCGAGUACAUGUUCCUCGCGACCGAAAUCCUGCAGGAAUCUUUGUUAGAGGAAUAA